AUUUCAGUCAAUCCCGAAGAUCAUGAGAAGACAGCUUUCACAUGUCCUUUCGGCGUCUUUGCUCAUAGACGGAUGCCUUUUGUGUUUGGUCCAUCUUUUGAACAUUGUUUGAGAAACUUGGACACCGUAAUGAAGCGGUGUGUUGAAACAAAUCUGGUCCUAAAUUGGGAGAAGUGUCAUUUUAUGGUGACUGAAGGCAUCGUUCUGGGUCACAAAAUCUCUUUCAAAGGCAUUGAAGUUGAUAAAGCAAAGGUAGAAGUUAUUGAAAAACUUCCACCUCCAGUGAAUGUCAAAGGAAUCAGAAGUUUUCUUGGUCAUGCCGGUUUCUACAGAAGAUUCAUCAAAGACUUCUCCAAAAUUGCCAAACCUUAG